AUGCCGACGUAUGCCGACCUGUACAAUGAACGGCUCCGCGCGCUUGGCCAAUCUGGCCCUUCCAAUCCUGUUCGCCUCACCAUCUCCAAGGGCGACUAUGUCUGGGAUGCACAACAGGACCGUUUCCGCUACGAGGAGAGGUGGGAAGAGGAACAGCUCAUGGAGGCCGAAGAGCUGCACGACGAUAAUGAUCAUCUGACCGCCUCUCUUCACUCCGGAACAGCCGACAGCCGCGGUUCCUCGCCUGGUCCCAUCGCGGCGCUCCAGCCGACGGCCGUCUUGACCCCUUCUGCAGCCGUGGCGCACUCACCGUCCUUGUGGGUGCUCGAUACCAACACGCUCAUGUCGUGCCUGGAAUUGCUCAAGGCGCUCUUUGCUGCUCUGCUCACCCGCAACGUCGCCAGUGCCGCAGCCGCGGGCUCUCAACAGACCCACCUGGCACCAUCUCCGAUCAAGCUGGUCAUUCCUUUUGUCGUCCUCUCCGAGCUGGACGGCCUCAAGCUCACUCGGCGCAAGGACGACUCGGGACGCCAAGUGGCAUCCCAGGCACGCGAUGCCAACCACUGGCUUUUAGCGGCCGUACAAAAGCAGAAACGGGUCCCCAUCGAUGCCUCGGGCUCCAACCUCCCGGAACAGCUCUGGCCUCUCUUCCUUCAAACCUCGUCCCACUACAAUCGCUCCAAGCAAUCGCGCUCACAGGGCUCGCGCUGGACUUUUGACGACCCGCUCUCCUGCGACGAUCAGAUCGUCAAGUACUGCGCUGAGCUCAAGCAGCAGACGCAUUCCAGCGUCUUUUUCUGCUCGGACGACAUCAACGCGCGCACCAAGGCAGAGUCUGAAUCGAUCGACUCGCUCGGCAUGCGCGAGCUCGCCAAUGCGCUCAGAACUGGCUUUGCUGGUGUGCAGAGCUCCGAACGCAAGUGGGAGCUGGUGGCAGAGGCGCUCAUCGAGCAGUGGGAGUAUCAGAUCGGCUCGGCGCCCGCUCAGCCUCUGCCUCAGCACAGCCAGCCGUCGUUCGCGCACGAAGAACAGUUCAAUCUAUCUAGCGCACCCUCGGUUCAGCCAGGUGAUAUUGCGCAUUUUGCAGAUGUAGAGGCAUUCGAGGUGGACAUGGAUACCGAAGAGCCAUCGCUUCAUUCCACAGAAGCGCAUAUAUACCCGGGUGGAGCGGCCAUGUCCACUCCGCCUACCUCUCGUGCACCCCCGCGCUUCUCGAGCUUGGCGCAUUCCCCGGGUCGCAGCACCAGCGACAGCAUCCACAGUCCGCACAACAAGACACGUCCAGAGAGAUCCAAGGCGGCGCCUACCCGUCAGCAGGAUUCGCCCAAACGCGAGCCGGUUCAAGCUGACAAUUCGGAAGCGCUCAACCCGCAAAUCAGUUGGGAGGAUCUCGUGCAGCAGCUCGGCUCAGGCACGCGCGAAGCUGUCAAGCCCCGCAACACUAGACGAUGA